CUUCGAACACAGACUGCACUGUGAGAAUACUUUAUGAGAUAUUACCAUAGUUCAGGUAGAAAACAUUGGAAGCCAUGAUGCUACUGGUCUAUUUACUUUUCUUGGAUCAAAGUUUAGCAGCUCACAGAGCUUUGCAGGAGGAUGAGACAUGUAUGUUUGAAGUCUCCAAGCUUCAACAGCAGUUACAACAUUUGCAGGCUCAGUUCCUGCUUGGAACAUGGCAACUAAAGCAUUUGAGGGAAUAUAACGAGCACUGGACAAAGAAAAGCACAACAGCAGAAAAGAAUGAACAAGGGACAACAUUGCAACCCAUUACUUCACACCAGUUUGCAUAUCACCAUGAUUGUUCAGAUAUUUACAACAGUGGCAAAACCACAAGCGGGUUUUACCAAAUCAAGCCAAAGUCUAUGACUGAACCAUUUCUGGCAUACUGUGAUAUGUCAGAUGGUGGAGGAUGGACAGUUAUUCAACGUCGCAGUAACGGCAAAGUGAAUUUUAACAGAGGCUGGGAUGAUUAUAAAUCAGGCUUUGGAUCAUUUCAAGGGAGGAAGGAUGAAUAUUGGCUCGGAAAUGAAAAGAUACAUCAAAUUCUGGCUGCAGGAAAGUAUUUAGUAAAGUUUGACCUCACAGACUGGAAUGGAGAUAAGAGGUAUGCUACCUAUGAAAAUUUUAACAUCUCAGAUGAAAAGGAUAAAUACAGGCUAACAUUUGGAGCUUAUGAUGGGAAUGCAGGGGAUGCAUUGUCUGGUGGCCUGGUGCCAGAGUUUCAGUGGUCAGCCUCUCACAAUGGGAUGCAGUUCAGUACUCCAGACCAGGAUAAUGACAGAUACCUGCAGGGGAGUUGCUCACAAGAAACUAAAUGUGGCUGGUGGUUUAACAGGUGUCAUGCAGCCAACCUUAAUGGAAAAUACUAUCGACACGGCAACUACACUGGAAAAUAUGAUAAGGGAAUUAUCUGGUUCACCUGGACAGGCUGGUGGUACUCUUUGAAAAACACAGUUAUGAAAAUCAGACCACUCUACUAUUUCCCAAGUGCUGGAAGUGGAGAUUAUGAGAGCAAACUGGGCUAAUAUUCAUUUGAUAAGGAAUUACAUCUUUAAUACCAAAUAUCAGGUUACUUUAUCCAAAGAGGAGAGAAAUAUUAUCCAGUUUGACUUUCGUAUUUUGUACAUUAAAGCAUUGUUAAGUGGGUCAUGCCUAAUCUUUGUGACAAGUUGUAAUGACAAAAUGUCAAGUCGUGUCCAUCCAUUUUAAUUAGUGAAAUUUCCAAUCUGCACAUAAGACAUAAAUAAUGACAAAAUGAAGGGGUGGGAUACUUAACUUGCAGCAGGCCAUUUUGUUGGACUGAUUCAAGGUCUGAUUUGAUAUACAGCUGACCCUGUAAACAGUUGAGCAGUUCUGGUCUCCUGAAAUUAGCGAAGGCUAAAUAUGGGAAUACAAGGUUACACUGGUUAUAGAAAAAACAGAAAAUAAGUGUAGGGGUAGGCCAAUCGGCCCUUCUAGCCUGCACCACCAUUCAAUAUGAUCAUGGUUGAUUAUGCAAUUUCAGUAUCUCGUUACUGCUUUGUGUCCAUACCCAUUAAUCUCUUUAGCUGCAAGAGCCACAUCCAGUUUCCCCUUGAAUAUAUGUAACAAACUGGAACCAACAGCUUUCUGUGGGAGACAACUGCCUCAGGUUGCUCAGAAAUGCUCAACCUUUGUGCAUUGAGAAAAGUAGAGCAGCUUUGGAGGAGCAAAGGCAAUGUCAGGAGUGGGGCAGCAAAAUAUUGGCAAUAGGCUGGAGACCUUUUUGAUCUGAGUGAGUUUGAUUUUGCUCCCCCAGGGCUGACCUACCAUCGAGUACCUAAUAAGAGAUGGUGGAUUUUCUCCAUCCCCGGUCAGUGACCCGUUUUGCGUCCACAGCUCACUGCUAGCAUUUAAAUGUAGCCUGAAGCUUACUCAAUACAUCCCAGCCUCAGCAUGGACCAGCCCUUAGAUUUGCAACUGUGUGAUUAUUCUGAAUAGAAAUUAAAUGUAACAGGGCUGUUAAAUAUCCUGAGCUUAAAUCUCCUAAAGGCUGUUCAAGAAUAUGUUACCGUGCUGUACAAAAUGUGGCAUUUAAAUUCAUACUGAGCACUUGUUUAUUGUUUCCUCUUUUUUCCUUAAAGUAUAUCUUUGGGGUUUAAAGUAAAUUGUUGAUAUUAUGUUCAAAUGAGCUUUUUCACUGAAAAUAAUGUUUGUUCCUAAAUAAAAGCAAAGUAUUUUGGACGGUGGAAAUCUGAAAUACAAACUCAAAAUGCUGGAUACGUUCAUUAGGUUUGGCAGCAUCAAUGAAGAGAGAGUUAAGUUUCAAGUCCUCCCAGUUCUGAAGAAGUUAUAUUGACCUUGAGCCGUUAACUCUGUUUCUGUCUUCACUGAUGCUGCCAGGCUAAG